AUGGCGUACGUGGCAAUUGACUCGGAUGAGCGGAUGGAAGAGGGGCCAGAUGGCCUCCAGUUUCAAUCAUUCCUGAGCACUGACGCAAGGGCGACGAACCAGGGCACCAAUGCCUCGCGAGGUACGUUAGGAUUCAUCUCGGAUGGUCCUUCCAAGAACGCAGGAUUCUGGACGCUGGACUACUAUCAACCAUACUUCGAUGUGGACACCCACACGGUUCUCCGUCGCUGCUACACGACCCUCCUUCCUCGCUCCUCCAACUACCUCUCUGCGCACCUCACGCCAAGCGCGGAUCUAUAUGGGCCCUUCUGGACGCUCACCACGCUCAUCUUCGCGCUCUUCGUAUGCUCCUCACUCGCAUCCUCCAUUUCCGCGUACCUCUCGCAUCCAGACUCCGCCGCCGCCGUGCUUGAGUACGACUUCGGGCUGCUCUCCAUCGCGACCGCGCUAGUGUACUCGUACGGCAUCGGCGUACCCGUCCUGCUCUGGCUCGCGCUGCGGUACCUCGGCGUCGGGGAGUGGAGCGUGGUCGAGGCGGUCACGCUGUGGGGAUAUGCGCAGUUCGUGUGGAUCCCGGUCGCGCUCCUGUGUGUUAUCCCCGUGCCCAUCGUGCGCUGGGUGCUCGUCGGUGUCGCGUUCCUCAUGUCCGGCUGGUACCUCGCGGCAAACGUGUACCCGGUCCUGGCCACGGCGGACGCGAAGCCCGUGAGACUUGUCAUCAUCCUGCUCGCGGCGCUGCACGCGGGUAUUGCGUUGUGCUUCAAGAUCUUGUUCUUCAGCUACUACGUUGUUAAGGAGGUCGGGCCCGGCGAUGGGCCACAUGUCUAG